UUCUGCCCUCUCUCAUAUAAACCCCUCCCCUGCUUUCACCACCAUAAGCCUUCACACUCUCUCCUUUCCUUCUACCUCAAUAGAGUGAGUCAAAGGAGGUUUGUUCUUGGUGCUGAUGAUGCCAAAUAGCACUGGAAGUUCUACCAUGGAGGGGCUUCACGAGUCUCAUGAUCACAAGGUGUUUGCUGAAAGUGAAGAGUGGGAGAAAGAAAAGGGAAAGGGUCUUGCUUUGAGCUCAGAGAGGAGGCAAUGGAAGCCACCUUUUGAUGAUGCUUCCGUCUCACAUAGACCACUCAAGAAAAUCCGCAGCCCCCAACGCCAAAACCCAAAUCAACCACUUCUAUCUCUUCAACCUCCCUCAUCAAGAAUAGUCUUCCCUUUCGCUUUUGAAGGCUCUCAACACCCAAUGCCAUUCCCUCACCCUUUUGGAACCACACCAAACUUGCCUCUUUUUCCUCCACCUCUUCACCCAACUCAGCAAAUGAUAUCUUUUGGCCCCCAACACAACAUGGGGUAUCCACCAUUCAUAGCCCCGGAUUCCACCAUGCCACACCAACACCUCCAACAUCAUCAUCAGCAGCACCAUCAGCACCAGCAACAGCAACAGCUACUUCAGUACUGGAGCGAUGCACUGAAUCUAAGUCCAAGAGGGAGGAUGAUGAUGAUGGUGAAUAGGACUGAAGGGAGACCAAUGUUGAGGCCCCAAGUACAGCCUUUGAAUGCCACCAAGCUCUAUAGAGGAGUGAGGCAACGCCAUUGGGGCAAAUGGGUCGCUGAGAUUCGUCUCCCUCGCAAUAGAACUCGUCUUUGGCUUGGAACGUUCGACACUGCUGAAGACGCUGCUAUGGCUUAUGAUCGUGAAGCCUUCAAGCUCAGAGGAGAAAAUGCAAAGCUCAAUUUCCCUGAACUCUUUCUCAACAAAGAUAAAGCAGAAUCAUCCACUACUGCUCCUGUUAAUGCCGAAGGUUCAACAUCAACAUCAAAGCAACCUGAAGUGAUUCCAGAAGAGACCAACACUGAGAGUGAGGACAUGCCACCAACGGUAACAGAAGAGAAUGCUGAAACUGAAGAAGGAAAUUCACAGCCUCAGGAACUGGUGUGGGGAGAGUGGUUCAAUGCAAUUCCUGCAGGUUGGGGUCCUGGGAGUCCUGUGUGGGAUGAUCUUCUUUUACAUUCACAGCUUCCCUUUGUGAAUCAAAAUCAGCAAGAGUUUCAUGAUGCUGGUGUUAAUCAGACACAACAAGAAGGUAACAACACAGGACCAGGUUCUCCCUCUUCCUCUUGUCCCAUGAGACCUUUCUUUUAAGGGUCAAGAUUAAAAUCAUGUCUAAGAUUAGCGUUAGUCCUUCACUUUUGUUAGUGUAAGACAACUAUAGUAUAAAGUCUCAUAUCGGCCAAAUAAAGACAUUUUCUUCGACAAUACAUCUCUCACGCUUCAUACAGAUUCAGUUCAGUCCACAUUCACCUCGUAUUGAGUCUUUGCGAAUAUUCCAAUAGUCAGAGAUUCUUCUUUUUUAUUUAUUCUGUCACGGGUAUUUCAGCUUAAUUUAAUGCCACUCACAGUACUGUGAGUCACUGUCGUUAAUCUAAAGGGUUUUUAAUACAUGAUGAUGAAGAUUAAACACAAAAUUUCUUGUUAAAUAGAUCAUCUCUACGACGUGUGAGCGUAGCCAAAUGUCUAGCUAACCACAUGACCAACCCGGUUUGUCGGAUAUUCCUUUGAGUUUUCUUUCUUCUCCUGAAUUGAUAACUACAACCCCUUCAGAUAUUCUAUCUUGGUCGGUUAUUGAAGCUUCGCCACGUUCACAUACCAGGACAAAAUUGAUAGCCACACCCAACCAAUUUUAUUUUGUUCUCACAGGUUGCAGAUAUUUUCAACCACAACCUGUGAAUCAUGGAUCCUUGAAGGAAUUAAUUUCAUUUCCUGAAAAAUCCAUAUUUCUGCUGUAUUAAGGCUGCAUAUUUUAACGGGCCUUUCAGCAUCUGGCUCAUACUUGGUGGGCCUUACCUUUCUUUGUUCCUAGUAAUAAUAGUUUUCUGAUUUUGGGUUUCUUAUUAUUAUCAUUAUUCUCUUUGCUCUUUUGUACUAUUUGUUGUUUAAUUAUGCAGUAGUUGUAGUUUAGCAUGGACAAGACAUAAGGAAACGUUUUUGUGAUUUCCUUUUUAAUGGUCCAUCCGUUAUGAGCUUCCUUUUUGAGCUCGAAGGACGGUUGUAUAAUAUUAUUCUGUUUGUAGUUUGGAUUGCACAUUGUCCAGUUGAUUCUAGUUUGGACUCAUGUAAUGUUAAACCGACUUUAUCGCUAGACUUUUAGCUGUUUCUUGCUUGGAUUAUAUAAACAAAUAAUACUAUUGUGUUGUUAUCCUUGCUUGUGAAACACCAUCUAAAAGAAGGAGUUUUUUUUUAUGUAAAUAUUUUUUAUUUUUGAGGAUUCUGAAAGAGUGAGUUACUUGUAUAUUUUUGUUUUUUUUUACGAAAUUAACCGUGUCUAGAAA